GGCCUCGUCGUCAUUUCCGGUAUGUCUGCUGCUUUUUGGUUGGUCAUGACUGUGGCUUUGUGCUGCUCUCGCGCUUAUGGACACUGUUUUUAUCAACAGAAGCGAUUGAGAAGUCAACAGGUGACAGAUGAGAGUUUAUCUGUGAACCUUUAACCUGUUGCCAGAUCUUGUGGAGGGUUUCGUGCUGGUUCAUGUACAGAGGAAAAAGGGUGAAACUUGAAGAUCAAACUGAAGGUAGUUGGAAAAGUUUUACAGCUGUCAGAAUGACCGCGGUAGAUGACAUCACAGACAGCACAGAAGUGGUGGAGAUGGAGGACGUCCCCUCGCAGUUUUUUGUGGAGAAGCACUCGUGGGAUGGCCUGCGCGACAUCAUUCACGGCAGCCGGAAGUACUCGGGAAUGAUCAUAAAUAAAGCGCCGCACGACUUCCAGUUUGUCCAGAAACACGACGACUCUGGACCUCACUCACAUCGCCUCUACUAUCUUGGAAUGCCCUAUGGAAGCAGAGAAAACUCAUUACUGUACUCUGAAAUUCCAAAGAAGAUCCGUAAAGAAGCUCUGCUGGUGUUGUCCUGGAAACAGAUGUUGGAUCACUUUCAGGCGACUCCGCACCACGGCGUUUAUUCCCGAGAGGAAGAACUCCUACGUGAGAGGAAGCGUCUCGGGGUCUUUGGCAUCACGUCCUACGACUAUCACCCACAGAGCGGCCUUUUCCUCUUUCAAGCGAGCAACAGCCUUUUCUAUUGCCGUGACGGGGGUAAUAACGGCUUCAUUCAGGGUGCCCCAAUGAAGCCAGUGGAAAUUAAGAGUCAGUGCUCAGGGACACGCAUGGACCCUAAGAUCUCACCCGGUGACCCCACUUUCGUUGCCUUCAUCAAUAACAAUGACCUGUGGGUGACGAACAUCGAAACUGGAGAAGAGCGAAGACUGACUUACUGUCAUAAAGGAUUGAAUAAUGUCAAGGACGACCCAAAGUCAGCUGGCGUUGCAACAUUUGUGAUUCAGGAAGAGUUUGAUCGCUUCACGGGGUAUUGGUGGUCUCCAGCUGCUCCUGAAGGUGCAGGCGGGGGGAAAACCUUACAGCUGUUGUAUGAGGAGGUAGACGAGUCAGAUGUUGAGAUUAUUCAUGUGCCGUCUCCAGCGCUGGAGGAGAGGAAAGCAGAUGUGUACAGAUACCCUCGCACAGGGAGUAAAAAUCCCCAAAUUAGUCUGAAACUAGCAGAGAUAAGAACUGACCCCCAGGGCAAGAUUGUAAGCACACAAAACAAAGAGCUUGUGCUCCCGUUCACUACGCUCUUCCCUGGAGUCGAAUACAUCGCCAGAGCCGGAUGGACUAAAGACGGCAAAUUUGCUUGGGCAGUGUUUCUGGACCGCAGUCAACAGAAGCUACAGUUAGUCCUGUUACCGUCUGCACUCUUCAUCCCUGUGGGCGUGGACGACCCGCAGUGGGCGGAGCAUGUGGAAGCCAUGCCCGAGGGUGUCCAACCCUUCAUCAUCUAUGAAGAAAUCACAGACAUCUGGAUCAAUGUUCAUGACAUCUUCUAUCCCUUCAUUCAAACAAAUAAUGACGAGAUCACCUUUCUUUGGGUGAACGAAUCAAAAAGCGGCUUCUGCCAUUUGUACAGAAUAACCAGCGUUCUUCAGGCCGGCUGCCAGCAGUGGUCACCGGAUUACAGCCCUUCAGACGAUGAUUUUAAAUGCCCAGUAAAAGAGGAGGUGACCCUUACCAGUGGAGAGUGGGAAGUUUUGGCUAGACAUGGCUCAAAGAUUUGGGUAAAUGAAGAUACCAAGCUAGUGUACUUCCAAGGCACAAAAGACACCCCGCUGGAGCAUCAUCUGUAUGUCGUGAGCUACGAGUCUCCUGGAGAAAUAGUCAGACUCACUAAAGCGGGCUUCUCUCAUAGCUGCUCUGUUAGCCAGAACUUUGACAUGUUUAUUAGCCACUACAGUAAUGUAAGCACACCGCCGUGUGUUCAUGUAUACAAACUGACCGGAUCUCCCGCUGAUCCUCUACACAAAGAGUCUGAAUUCUGGGCCAGCAUGAUGGAAGCUUCAGGUUGCCCAGCCGAUUAUGUUCCUCCUGAGAUAUUUAGUUUCCCUGCAAAGUCUGGCUAUCAGCUCUACGGGAUGUUGUACAAACCACACAACCUAAAAGACGGCAAAAAACAUCCCACCAUCCUGUUUGUGUACGGGGGUCCGCAGGUUCAGUUAGUGAACAACUCUUACAAAGGUGUGAAGUAUCUGCGUCUCAACACGUUGGCGUCUCUUGGCUAUGCUGUUGUAGUUAUAGAUGGAAGAGGGUCGUGCCAAAGAGGCCUUAAGUUUGAAGGGGCUCUCAAAAACAAAAUGGGUCAGGUGGAGAUUGAAGAUCAGGUGGAAGGACUUCAGUUUGUGGCUGAGAAGUAUAAGUUCAUUGACUUAAGUCGUGUUGCCAUUCACGGCUGGUCUUACGGUGGAUUUCUGUCUCUCAUGGGUCUCAUUCACCGGCCAAACAUCUUUAAGGUGGCAAUAGCAGGAGCUCCCGUGACCGUCUGGAUGGCAUAUGACACCGGCUACACCGAACGUUACAUGGACGUGCCUGAAAAUAACCAGCAGGGCUAUGAGGCCGGUUCAGUAGCGUUGCACGUGGAUAAACUUCCCAAUGAGCCAAACCGAUUACUCAUUUUACAUGGGUUUCUCGAUGAAAACGUGCACUUUUUCCACACCAACUUCCUGGUGUCUCAGCUCAUCCGUGCGGGAAAGCCAUAUCAGCUACAGAUUUACCCCAACGAGAGACACAGUAUCCGCUGUCCGGAGUCUGGAGAACACUAUGAGAUCAUGCUACUGUACUUUCUCCAGCAACACCUCUGAUGCGAGUCUUCAGUCGGCCCUUUGCUCUCUCACGCUCUUUCUGGACGGAGCGCCAGACUCGAUCUGAACGCGCGUCCACACACUUUUAACAGAAGGACACAUCCGCCAGCGACUCUUUACCCCUCACUAAACACAUCUCCUUUGAUUUAGUGCACAUCUAAGAGAUGUUUCAUAUUGUGCUCCCCUCAAACAUUUAUGUUGCCAAAAUGUGUCUUUCUUUUUUUUAAAUGUCUAGUUAGUAGCUGGUGAGAGGACGGAGGCCGCAGACACGCUCUUAUCAUGCUAACUUCUCCUUUAACUUAAGCUUUUUCAGUUCUAUGAAUGCAGUCGUGUUUUCAGCGUCUCUUUGUGGACACCUCUCAUAUAAGGACACCUCGCAUUACUACCUGCAGUUCAUAUUUUAAGUGUGGAUUAUUAAAGGAACAUAUUUUUUAUGA